GGGGAGGAGACAGCGGCGGGCGGGCGGCGGCGGCGCUCCCGCAGCCCGGCAGGCCCGGCAGGCCCGGCAGCCGGGGCCGAGUGGGCCGCAGCCCAUGGGCGGCAGCCGCAGGGAAAUUGGAUGGCAAGAGUGAGAACUGGCUGUUCAGAAGAGGUCGUGGCUGAGGAUUAAUAACAUGUCUAAAGAAAUGCAGGAACUACAGAAGCAAUGGCACUCCGUGAUGCAGAUCAUCCACAGCAACGAAAAUGUUGUUGCCUUUAUGAAUUCUCGCAUUGGCCAAUAUUUAGAUGACCAUCCUUUUGUUGCCUUAUCACUCCUGAUGUUUAUUGCAGUGUCAGCUAUUCCUGUUGGAUUUUUCCUGGUUUUUGUUGUUACAACAGCUGUAAUGGCCUGUAUUGGUGUGAUAGUCAUGGAAGGUGUUGUCAUAGCCAUAGGUGGCAUAGCCCUUCUGUGUGUGCUGUGUGGCCUGGGAGCCCUGUCCCUGGGAGUUUCUGGAGUGCUGAGUGUUUCUUACGUUGCGCUUUCAACUCUGGUCAACUACUGGUGUGCAUCAAGGGGUCAGAUGAGGAAGCAAGAUGUGAAUGGAAGUUUACCACAGAAGCAGCCUGGCUUGGAUCUUUCUGCCAAUACUGGAAAGAGUGAAUAAGUAGGUUUCCCCAGACUUCAUAAGCACUUAGCUGUACAAUCCCAGCAUUUGCUAUGUAACUGUUCACUCAUUAAGCAUUCAGUCAUUGUGUACUCCUGGAAACUGAGGAAAAUCAAAAUACAUAUUACAUUGGUACUGUAAAAGGGAUUUUAAGAAUAACCAAGAAGCAGCAGUGCAGUAGUAAGCAUGUGCAUGGUGGAAUGUUCCACAGAAUUUGGUAAAAGGCUGUAGUAAUAGUGGGUACUGUUAAGUCAAUGGCAAGUAGGUGGACAGAAAGGGGAGGGAGAUAUUUGACUUCCCAGAUACUGGAGUUCUGAAUGUACUGUCUUUAGUACAUAACAGUGGUCAUUUUGAUACAGAAGUAUCACAGUUCAGAACAGUAGAAACACAUUUUGAAUGUGGAAAAAUAUUUGUAAGCCUUAACAUCCUUUGUUCAAAUAGUAUGAGUACACCAGGCCAAUGCUUUAUAUUCAUUAUAAAGGAAAAAGUAGGUUGCUCAUAUGUCAUGGUCUAAGCUUUUUUUCCCCUCCCUUUAGAUGUUGUUUUAUUCCAAAGGGAGUUCCUUGCUUCAUCAUAUCAGGGGUAGGGCUUAUGUCUUGUUUAGGUCGUAUUUAAAGUGCCUGGUUUGCUUCUCAGUUGUAAUUUUGUGUAUGUUAUUUAAACUUUUUUCAUUUUUGCAAAUAUUAUGUUUUUUAGCGUUAAGAAAGUAACUAUGAGUUUAAUAAAGUGCUGUUUGUUUAACCAGAUUAAUCUUGUUAAUCUGUUUUAAUUCUACAUUAAAAACAAGUUUUUCACAUCUUGGUUUAGGAGGGCUACAAUUGGAGCUGAGAUUUUUCUCCUUGAAUAAAGUAUUUUAUAUGGCC